AUGAUGCCUGUGCGUAGGAAUACUAUCCGGCUCAACUUUGUUCAACCACCAACUUUGCUCAAGGAUUUGGUUGGUAGGAUUCUAAACACCUCCUCCUUCAUCAAUAGGCAUGGUUCUCUCCUUGGCUUGAUCACUGCAAAAUGGGACCAACAACUGAUAAGUGUUCUGACCCAGUUUUAUGACCCCCUGUAUCAUUGUUUCACCUUUCAAGACUUCCAGCUGGUUCCUACCCUGGAAGAAUUCUCUUAUUUGCUUGGGAUCCCUGUCUUGGAGCAAACUCCAUUCACUGGUUUGGAAAAGACUCCUAGGCCUGAAGAGGUUGCUGCAGUUCUCCCCUUGACCAAAGAAGAGGUAUUGGCUAACUGGGAAACUAGAAGUGGAGUUAAGGGCUUUUUGGUCAAAUUUCUGGUUGGCAAAGCUAAUGAUUUCUGGAAUGACUUGGACUUCAAGGCGUACGAGGAUAUUCUGGCUCUUUUGAUCUAUGGUCUGGUAUUGUUUCCCAAUCCUGACACCUUUAUCAGUAUCCAUGCCAUAAGGAUCUUCAUGUCUCGGAAUCCUGUACCCACUCUUUUGGGUGAUAUCCUGCCACAACUCUAUGCUCGUACUGCUCGAAAAUGGGGAACUCCAUGGUGUUGUGCUCCUUUGUUAGUGAGGUGGUUUAUUUCGCACCUUCCUAAGUUCGUGCUGAAGAAUGAAGAAGGAAAGGGUUGGGCUCGUAGGCUAAUGUCUCUCACUGAUAAUGACAUCACUUGGGCUCUCAGAGGUUUGGAUGAGGUAGCUGUUAUUGAUCGUUGCGGAGAAUACCCUAAUGUUCCGUUGAUCGGUAUCCAAGGAGGAAUCUCUUAUAAUCCAUGCUUAGCUCUCCGCCAGUUUGGAAGAUCCAGAAGAGUUGGGCCUCAUGAAAUGUUGGUUCCUCACUUCCAUUUUGAGUUUCAGGCAGACAGUGACAAACUACGCCAUGGAUUCAUUCGGGCUUGGGACAGAAUUCACAAAGCUGACCCACAUGAGUUGGGACCAAAGACUUCUCUAUCAAUGGAACCCUAUUGCAAAUGGGUCUGCAUCCGUGCUCAGAAGUUAGGUAUGCCGUACAAAGCUGUCAGACCUAUCAUUCUUGAAUCUCCUGAUGAAGAUGGGGUUCCUCCAACUGACCUCCCUCCUCAGAUACCUACUGAUUUUGACACAAUGAAGAGAUCUUGGGCGCAGCUAAAGGAAGAACGGGAUUUCUAUCGGGAAAAGUUCAACGAGCAGAAACGGAAGAUUCAAAGGCUGACUAAGCAAUUGGAGGAAGAGCGGGUCCUGAAUAACUACAUCAACACUGAGAAAAGGAGGCCAUGGGAGCACUGA